AUGGGCUCUGGCUGCUCAGGAGCUGGAGGUUGUCCAGGCCCUGGUUGUGAGGAGCCCGGAGUGCAGCUUGGGCUUCAGUGGAGAGGCCGCUUGUCUGAGCGGGAGCGAGGAGGUUCCAUGGAGCGCCUGACGGGCAGAGGGAACUUGCGGUUUGCAGCUGCAGCUGAGAAAGGAAAUACUGGCUCGCCCUCUGAUUUGAGUCAUGAGAAGCCAAAGAAAUCGCAGCAUUCAUCUGAGAAUGUUUUUUCUAUUGGCUAUGAUAAAAGUCUCUUCAGUCUGGUAGUAUCACCCCCUGAAAAGACUACUUGCCAUCAUUGUGGCCUGUUUGGGUCACUAAGGUGUUCGCAGUGCAAGCAAAUUUACUAUUGCUCUGUGGAUUGUCAGAAAAAAGAUUGGCCAGCACAUAGUGUUGUAUGUGAACCAGUUAAAAACAAUGAAGGCAACUUGCCUGCUAAAACAGAGAAGAGAGUUUGUCUUAAGGAGGAAAUGAUGUUGAGUUUUGCUGUAGAAGUUGUUCUUCCAGAUCUUGGAGACUGCCUAGAUAAAAUACCUUUAGAAAUAAGAUCGUCUUUAACUCCAGGAAGCAAUGCUGAAGGAGCAGACUCUCCAAGAGUGUCAGAAAACCAUUCUGAGGGAAGUACAGAAAAAUCACCUGAAGUUCUUCACUAUGCUAAUUCAGAUGCAGUGUGUGUCUCCAUAUGUAUCGGAGAUGAAUUUUCUGGGGUGGUUUCCAGCAUCCAAAACCCAGAAAACUUUUUCUGUCAGCAGACGCAGAGUGGCCGUCAACUUGCUGAGCUUCAAGUGGCUCUUAAUGAACACUGUGACAAACUACCCAGUAGUCCAGAUUUUCGUCCUGCUGCUGGAGAUGUGUGCUGUGCCCAGUUCACAGAAGACAAUUGUUGGUAUCGUGCUGCUGUUACAGCCUGUGCUUCUGAAGACACUGUUUUGGUAGGCUAUCUAGAUUAUGGUAAUUUUGAAGUUCUUCCACUGACUAGACUUCGCCCUAUGAUUCCAAGAUUAAUGGACUUGCCAGCUCAAGCCAUAAGAUGUACCUUGGCAGGUGUAAAGCCACCAUCAGGAAUGUGGACUUCAAACGCUAUUUCCUAUAUGAGCCAACUGGUGAAAGACAAAGUGUUAACAAUAAAAGUAGUGGCUAAAGAAAGUUACAGUUCUGUGGUGGAGCUGGUGGAUGCAUCAGUUACUCCAGCAAUAAACAUUUCGCGCCAUCUCCUCGCGAGAGGCUGCGCGGCCGAGGAGUCGAGGGCGGCCGCGCCAGCACCCGCACUGCAGGGCGUGGAGCCAGCAGAGGAGGACACAACAAACAAAAGAAUUUUCAGCUGGAAUAAAGUAACUCUUAACCAAACAGUAGAUGUCAUGGUGUGUUCAGUGUACAGUCCAGGAGAAUUCUACUGUCAGAUCUCAAAUAACAAUGAGUUAGUUGCUCUGAAUUUACUUAACAAAUCAUUGUCUGAAUACUGUAAGAAAACUCCACCAAAUGUUUUUAAGCCUGAGAAUGGAGAACCUUGCUGUGCUUUUUUCUCUGAUGAUGGUAACUGGUACCGUGCUUUGGUGCAAACCGUCACUUCCCAUGGAACUGCUGAAGUGUGCUUUGUGGACUAUGGAAACGUUGCCGAAGUCCCACUGGAUAAAAUCCGGCACAUCUCCUCCUCAUUCCUGACACUUCCAGCUCAAGGAAUUAAAUGCUGGCUCUCAGGUAUAAAGCCUAUUAAUAGCAAGUGGAUUCCAGAAGCUACAGCAAGAUUUUGUAUGUACGCUGCAGGGAUAAAGCUUCAGGCCAGAGUAACUUCACUUUCCAGAUUUGGGGCUGGUGUAGAGCUUACUGACAAUUCCACAGGUCAUCCAAAAGUCAUCAAUGAGAUAUUAACGUCUGAAAAGUUGGCUGUAAAGGAAGUUCUACAAGGUAAAAAUAACUUUCCAAAGAAGUCCAUUGACAAAAAAGAAACCUCACUUGGGCACUGGAAGUCAAUUGAAUUGGCUGUAGAUGAAACCAUGUCUGUCUGUGUAACAGAAGUUGCAAGCCCAGACUUAUUCUAUGCUGUACCCGUUCAAAACAAAGGUAAGAGAAGGCUGCAAAGGCUAAUGCUUGAUCUAGAAGGCUACUGUAAAUCGUGUAAGAGCCGGCUCUUCAAACCAAAAGUGGGUGAAGCAUGUUGUGCCAGGUUUUCAGGUGAUGGCCAGUGGUACAGAGCUCUUGUUCUAAAAGCUUCUCAGUCUGUUGUGAAAGUCCUGUAUGCAGACUAUGGGAACACAGAGACUUUACCAUUUUCAAAAGUGCUGCCAAUCCCCAAUUCCUACUUAACGCUGCCUUUUCAGGCAAUUACAUGUUCACUUGCAGGUAUAGAGAAAGCCACGUGGUCUCCAUUAUUACUUGACAAAUUGAAAGAAAUGUUAUGGAAUAAACAUGUCACAAUUACAGUGAAAGGGACUAAUGGAAAUGCUAACAUAGUAACAGUGGUGAAACACAGUGAAAAUGGUAGUGUGAAUGUAGUUGACAAACUGGUAAUGGAAGGUUUGGUCAAAGUCUGCAGUGCUGAAAACUUACAUGCUGAACAUCACGGCAGUGGAGGUGAGACCAAAUGUUGCUGCAUGGAACUAAAAGAGCAGGUAAGAUUCAGUCCAAGCAGUGCUCAUGCUUUUAUCUGUGCUCCUGGGGCGCACGCAUGUUCAGCUGUACCGAAGGGACUCUUACAGGUAACCUGGAGCAGUGUGGGUGUUCUUGGCCUUGGUAGCUUCCCCCCACCUCGUGUCUGUGGCGGGAGGACGUGCGGGCUGGGGAGGCGCGGCGAGGCUGCCGCAGCUGAGCGCAAUAUAAACCCCGGUGCGGAGGAGGCUGGAGCAAAGCCCCCGGGCGCGGCAGGGCUGCGCGGCACCCGAUCUGGCAGCGAGGAG